AUGCCUCGCUCAAACAAACGGAAGUUUGAGCAGGAAAAGGCGACUGAAGAAAAACUACUGGGAGAUCAUAAGAAGGACCCUUCAGAGGUUAUUAAAACAAAAAGUCGAUUUCAAAUGGAGGAGAAAGAAAGUAAAGAUGAAAGUGAUGGUGUAUUUGAGACUGAUGGAGAACAUGGUACACCUUUGACAUAUGAUCCAACUUUCAAUGGACCUAUCAAAAAAAGAUCCUGCACUGAUAUCAUAUGCUGUCUGAUUUUCAUCAUAUUCAUCGGUGGCUUUGCUGGAGUGUCUUACUUAGCGUUUGCUAAUGGGGAUCCCUAUUUACUGCUGUACCCAGUGGAUUCCAAUGGAGAACUGUGUGGAUAUGGCAAUAACAAGGGAAAGGACUAUCUAUUUUUCUUUGACCUUGUUCAGUGUGGAAGGAUGGGAGUUGGUAUCUUUGUGUCAGGAUGUCCUACACCACAAGUGUGUGUCGCAUCUUGUCCUGAUACAAACUAUGCUUAUAUUACUGAUGCAGCCACAAGUGCUGACCUGCAGUUCUGUAAGUCAGGAUAUGACACAACAUUGUCAAGGACUGCUCUGGUGGAACGUGACCAAUGUCCUGCUUACUUCCUGAAAAGUUCUCCUCGUAAGUUUGUUAUUAACAGAUGUGUUCCCGAAGUUUUGGUUAAUUUCCUUGAAGAUGGAGGCAGCCUUCUCACCAAUAUACAGGCUGAUGUUGGAAAUAAAAACAUCACAGACUCCAACAGCAACGACAUCUCAAUUGAGUCUCUGGCCCAAAAUCUGGACAUAUUUGGAAUAUUUCUGAAAGCCAAGGAGUAUGCAGAGAAGAUUGUUGCAGACAUAGUGGCAACCUGGUGGAUGAUGCUUGUAAUCCUGAUCCUGAGCAUGAUUGUCUCCCUUACAUGGAUCACUAUUAUGAGGUUUAUAGCUGGUAUCAUGGUAUGGAUCACAAUAUUUGCCUUCCUAGGACUGUUUGCUUUUUCGACCUACUGGUGUUUCUGGACCUACGUUAAUUUGGAUGGGGAUGAGGAAUUCAGCAUCCAUAUUGUAUCCAUUGUCCUUCAUUGGUCCAAACCUGAUAUGUUUCUAGCAUUUGGCAUCAUCUCGGCAGUGAUUUUGCUGAUCUUUUUGAUUAUCCUGUUGUUUCUGUGUCAGAGGAUCAGAAUUGCUGUGUCACUCAUUAAAGAAGGCAGCAGAGCCAUUGGGAAAAUGAUGUUUACCUUAAUAUUCCCAAUAUUUCCGUUUGCUCUACAACUGGGCGUGGUGGCAUACUGGCUAUCUGUGGCCACAUUCUUGGCAUCUACAGGGAGAAAGCAGGACUUCUCUGUGAAUGAAAACAACACAGACUACUGGAAUCAAACAGCUAAUGAUUGGAACUAUCUCAAAAUUGUAGCAGACACAUCCUCACUAUUUGGAGAGACUUGUAAUGAAAAUACCAACACUACGAGUGAUUUCUGCACAUUUUUGAAGAAUGCAGAAGAAAAUUUUGUGAUAUAUGGACAGGUAUUCAGCCUCUUCAUGUUUUUCUGGCUGAUGAAUUUUGUGGUGGCUGUUGGCCAGAUGACCUUAGCUGGAGCUUUUGCCUCGUACUAUUGGGCCUUUGAGAAACCCAGAGAUAUACCAACCUUUCCACUGGCUGCUGCCAUUUGGAGAUGCUUCAGGUAUCACCUUGGCUCUCUGGCCUUUGGAUCCCUUAUCCUGGCCAUAGUGGCAAUGAUCCGUGUACUGUUGGAGUAUGUUGAUGCUAAACUCAAAGGCACUGAAAAUGCAGUAGGAAAGUUUUUGCUCAAGUGUUUGAAAUGCUGUUUCUGGUGUCUAGAGAAAUGUCUCAAGUUUUUAACCAAAAAUGCUUACAUCAUGGUCGCCAUACAUGGAAAGAAUUUCUGUUCUUCUGCCAAAGAUGCCUUUAUGCUGAUCAUGCGAAAUAUUGUUAGAGUUGCUGUCGUGGACAAAGUCACAGACUUCAUAAUGCUGCUGGGAAAACUGGUGAUAGUUGGAGCAACUGCUGCUGGAGCCUACUUCUUCUUUAGUGGUGGUAUAGAGUUCCUGAAGGACUACACACCAACUCUGAACUUUUAUGUUGUCCCUAUUGUGAUUGUGACCAUAGUGUCAUAUGUGGUGGCUAGCUGUUUCUUCAGUGUCUAUUCCAUGGCUGUGGAUACACUGUUUCUCUGCUUCUUGGAAGAUUUGGAAAGAAAUGAUGGGACUACAGAGAAACCAUUCUAUAUGAGUAAAGAUCUGAUGAACAUCCUCGGCAAGAAAAAUCAAGUUAUGGCUGACAAGAAGAAGAAGGGAUCACACGGGGAGAACUUUUAAAGACACCAUCACCAUAGUUACCGAACAAUGUGCUAUGCUGGGUGUACAGAUAUGAAAACAUUGGCAUGGAAACCUUUUUUGCAGGGAUAUUAGAACUUCAAGAGUCCCAGGCCACAGUGAUCAAAGUCAGUCAAUCAAAUAGUCUGAUUGAAUUGAAUCAAAGUUUGUAUUCAAAGAUGAAAGACAUCCUUUAUUGAUGGUAGAAGUGGAGGCUGUGAAUGAUUAACAUAAUGAAUGUUUAAUGAUUACUUACAUAAAUGUACUUAGAAAGAACAGUAUUUAUUAUCAAAAAAUGUUGAAUAAUCCUUAUUGAAUACUGGGUCUACAUUUGAUAGACAAUCCUUAAGCUGUACAUAUAAAUCCAGGUUUGAACUGCUGUGAAUCAUGUUCACGUUUUGAUACAUGCCAGACAACACAUUAUUCCCUAAUUGGACUACACUUUGAAACUCUGACAUGUAUUUAUUGUUAGUAAUUAUGACUGGUUUUCAGGAAAAUUGAUUUAAGCAAACAUAUAUCCAAAUUAAUUUUGUAUUGAAUGAUUCCCAAUUUCUUAGGGACUAAUCUCAACAAUUAUGUUUUAGUUUGAUCAAAGUAAUGGUGAGUGUGGUAAUCCUUCAUCAUACUUUAAAACCCAUAGGAGAAAGAAAUCUGAAUAAGACAAUACAAACACAAAAGCUUGAAAAACCUCCUGGUUAACAGUUUAUAGGCAUGAAUCAAGAAAAUUGCUUGAUAAGGGAGAAAACUUUGAUAUGGAUGGAAUUAAAAGCACUUCAAAAAUAUUGUCAUUAAAUGAUGUUUCAGAGGAACGGAUUUUAAAAAUUGAACAUUUUUGCCAUAUUCAAUCAAUAUAAUUUCAUAGAUCAUAGAAAUGUAUUGUGAUUCUCAUGAAGAUGCUGGCAAUCUAUUCUUAAGAUAAUAUGGUAAUAUAUGUUACCAUACUCCAUGAUAAUUGCUGUUAGCACUAAAAAUUUGUAAGUGAUACAAUGUAAUUUCAUAUAUUAUAUUACUAGGGAUAUUUCCCUUCUCAAAGACUAUCAGAGUUAACAAUGGGAAUAAUAGUCUUUAUUUUAAGUCCCAUGUGUAUUAUUUAUUAUAAACUUUUUAAUGUCUUGCCAAAUGUCUCAAAGAUUAAAUACAAUUGAUGAACAGUGAUCUUAAAAGCAUAACAUGGAAUCAAUUUCCUAAAUACAUAAUAUAUCAUAAUAUAUAGAAAUACAGAAGUAGGAUUCUGUUUGCAGACAAAGUGUUAGUUAUGUUAAGAGCAACAUAUUUGUUACUUAAAUGAAAUUUGUUCAAUUUUACGAUACAUAUGUUAAAACAUUGUGAAAUCUUUGUCUCAUGAAUUAUCUGAUUAAGCUCACAUGAAUUUGUUAGUAAAAUUCAACAAUCUGACAGUUAUCUGCAAGACAUGAAUCCUAUAUGCCAUAUGAUACACAAACUUCUUUGUCUCAUUUUUCUUUCAUGUCAGAAUAUUUUGACAUUCAUGUAUUUCACAGGAAAUGUGAUGAAACAUUAAAAAAUAAGAAAAAAUAAUAAAACAAAAUGCCAGUUAAAUGUCAAUUUAUCAUUGUGCUUGAGAUCAAAACACUCUUUGUAAUGACACCAAACAGUAUGUUCAUAUCCAGUUGUGGUGUAUUUUAACUUAUAUGCACUGCUCUAGGAUCAUAUAAAAUUAUUCUAUAACUGUAGUAGAAGUGGCAAAUAUAGCACAAGCUUUCACGGAAAAAGUCCAGAAGCAGCAACAACAUUCUAGGAUAGUCUUUAAAUUACUUUAAAUACAAAUUGUUUUAUUCCACUGAGCCGUUCUACUUUUUACCAAAAGUAUGCAAGAAUGUUACAUUUUUCUGUUUGUUAUAAUUUGUAUCCAGUUGUUGGAUAAUUCUGUUGUAACCACAGAAAAGAAUAUGUAAUCAUUUCUUGUUUUCUGUUGAUUUCUUUAUUCACAUGUACAUAGUAUUUCUUUUGAGCUGUGUUGAAGAGUAUUUAGUGUGAUGUGAUCAGGAGACCCCUGUAUAACAUUAUCAGAGAUCCAUGUAAGAUUGAAGAAAUACAUUGUCUUAAACGCUUUCAUUUUACAACCUUAAUUUGUAACAGCUACAAUGAUGGUAUAGACUAGGUAUAAACACAUUGUAUUUUAUUUCAUUUUGUCAUUAUUUGUGAUUAGAUAAGUCUAGUGAUACAAUUUUGAAACACAGAAAUCUUGCAUACAUAUUUGCCAUACCCCUUCCUGUCAAGGAACGAGAUUUUCGAUUUCCACCCCAUUUUAGAAAUUAUUAGUAAAUAUUUCGAAUUGUUCACUAUUUCAAAAAAAAAAUCUAAUUUGUGCAAGAGACUGAGUUAUUUAAAGCAACUUUUCUGAGCCUUGAAGUUUUAGACAUGUGUGAUCACUCCCAUGAAAAUCCCAAAAGUUUGCAAGCAUAUUUAAGAAAUGAUACAGGACCAGCUGUGAUAAUAUUCUUUUUGACAAUGUUUGUUAUUAUGAUAAGAAAUAAUGCUAUUUUUAUAUGACCUUCUUUUAUAUAACCUUCUUGACCUUCUGAUAUUUCUUGAUACCUUACCGUGCCUGUUAACCUUCAGGUGGAUGAUAAUUAAAGGAUUACAGAAUGUUAAAGGAUAAUCCAAUUCCUCUUAUAUUGAAAUAUUGUCUGUUAAAAUUCAGAAUGACAAAAUCUUCAAAAAAUUGAAUUCAGGUUAGUGAUUUUGGAAUUAUUGAUUUAUAUACUGUGAUAUUGUUGUCUUGGAUUGAACCAAUCGUGAUUGGGUUUGAUUAUGGAUGGUUGAGUUGUUACAUAUAUAUUCUUCAAAAUUAACAAAAAAAACUUUGUAGCACCACGGUCGUCAUUUAUUGUCCUUGGUCUAACCACUCAAUGUAUGUCACAAUAUAAAUAUUUUUUGUGUCAGCCAUCUUGCUUCAACCCGUGUAUUGUAGAAAUUCUAUCAAAACGAGAUCAGACUAUCUCGCUUAUAUGAUUUUGAAACAGGAAGCUCGUUUAACAGGAGUCUUUGUCUGUAUUUCAUUAAUUGUGAUUUGUCUCCGAUUUUGCAUUUGACUGCACGUUUUUUACUUUUGAAAAAGGAAAUAUUGUCUUGAAAUAUGUUAUAAUUUUACAAAUGGUAUGAUUUUUCAAAUGAACAAUUUCUCCUUCGUCAUAAUUAACACCUAUAAUAUACAGUAUGUUACACUGAAAGCAGGAAUGAUCCAAUGAAAUUCAUAACAUAAUAUCAUUUUGAAGUAUAUCAACCAUUUGAGUUGUAUAAUUUUAUGAAGAUUUUCUUCAAAUGCACAAAAUUUAGAGUUCUUGUAUUACAGUAAUAAGGAAAAGUCAGGUUUCACAAAACCUACAACUUUGAAAAACAAAAUGAAUUUUGUUUGUUUUACCAGUGAUAAAAGUAAAUCCAUUGCUAGAGUUCUCGAGUGUGUAUCUAUUCAUCGCACUUUAAAGAAAUCCAACGUCAUUACAAUACUGUGUGUAUUGUUUUAAAUACAGAGGAAAUUGAUUCUUGCCAUGAUAUAUGUAUACUGUUCAUGUAUAAUGCUAUUUUUAUUAAAUCAACAUAUCAUUUGUUUGCAUAAAUUCUUGUUACCUAUUCACGGAUUUAA